GUGAUAUUUGAUACUUACAUUUAUAUAAUAAUUUAUAAAUGUACAUAUAUCAUUAAUUGGGAAAAUGGCUUCCAACACUACUGCUAACAACCCUGCCGACGGCAAGCCAGAAGUCAACGAAAAUGAUAUCUCAAACUCUGAUAUAGUAACCAAAUAUCGCACGGCUGCUAAUAUAGCGGAUACUAUUUUGCAGAAGCUGAUUGACGAAGUCAAAGUAGGUGCUUGUGUAAAGACGCUGUGUAAGAUGGGUGACGAUAUGAUAUUGGCCGAAACUGCAAAGGUGUAUAACAAGAAGGAAAAUGGGCGUAAGAUAGAAAAAGGCAUUGCUUUCCCUACAUGUGUGUCUAUCAACGAAAUAUGUGAUAAUUUCUCACCAUUGGAACCAGGUGCUGUAAUUGCAGAUGGUGAUUUGGUCAAAGUCUCCCUUGGUUGCCACAUAGAUGGAUACUUGGGUUUGGUGACGCAUACUGUUUAUGUAGGAAAUAACAUCACAGGGAAGGCUGCUAACGUGCUUUCUGCGGCAUGGAACGGAUGCCAAGCGGCUAUUCGUGAAAUGAAAGUUGGCAACUCAAGUCAAGCUGUAUCAAAAGUCAUCGAACAGGUUGCCGCAGAGUACAAGUGUACACCGCUAAUUGGUUAUGUUAGCCAUGAAAUCAAGCGUCACGUUAUUGAGGGUAGUCGUUUCAUUCCCGGUGGUACCAGAAUUGAGGACAAGGCAGAGACCUUUACAUUCAAUGCCAACGAGGCAUAUGCUUUGAAUGUUAUCAUGAGUACCGGUGAUGGAAAGGCAAAAGCCACUGAACACAAAUCUACCAUCUAUCGUACUGAAGUGCAAAAUAGAUACACUCUCAAGACAUCAUUAGGCAGAGCUUUCAUCUCACAAGUCAACUCCAAAUUCCCAACAUUCCCAUUCCAUAUCGGUGCCAUCGACGAUGAGCGCGUACUCAAGGCUGGUCUCCCAGAAGCUGUGCGUCACAAGCUGAUUACACCUUACCGAGUGGAAACCGAAAAGAGUGGAGAACUAGUGGCACAUUUCACGUGUGUAAUACUUAUUGGAGCCGGAGGUACAAAGAAAAUUAAUGGGCUUUCUUUCCAACAGGAGACCAUAUGCAACCCUGAUUACACAAUCCAGGAUGAACAUAUCAAGCAACUGUUAGCGACACCCCUGAUGACGAAAACCAAAAAGACGAGCAAAACCGCCGGAAAGACGAAGGAUGAAACACCCAACGAAUAGCUGAAAAC